AUGCCUUCAGCUAUCGAUAUGACUACCAUCGCUGCCGAUGAUACCAGAGUCCUCGGACAGGAUCCUUUGAUCCCUCCUGCUCUCCUCACCUCCGAGAUCCCUCUGCCCGAGAAGGCCACAAAGACUGUUGUCAAGGGCCGUCAAGAUGCUGCCGACAUUGUCCUCGGCCAGAGCGACAGACUUCUCGUCGUCGUCGGUCCUUGCUCCAUCCACGACCCUGCUACCGCCCAAGAGUACGCUUCCAGACUCAAGGAGCUCUCUGACAAACUCUCCAACGAUCUCUGCAUCGUCAUGCGCGCCUACCUCGAGAAGCCCAGAACAACCGUUGGCUGGAAGGGUCUCAUCAACGACCCCGAUAUUGACAACUCCUUCAAGAUCAACAAGGGUCUCCGUGUUUCCCGCCAGCUUUUCGUUGACUUGACCACUCAAGGUCUGCCAAUUGCCACCGAGAUGCUCGACACCAUUUCUCCUCAGUUCCUUGCCGACUGUAUCUCUGUCGGUGCUAUUGGUGCCCGUACCACCGAGUCUCAGCUUCACCGUGAGCUUGCCUCUGGUCUUUCUUUCCCCGUCGGUUUCAAGAACGGUACAGAUGGUAGCCUUGGUGUUGCCAUUGACGCUAUUGGCGCCGCUGCUGCUCAGCACCACUUUAUGGGUGUCACCAAGCAAGGUCUUGCUGCUAUCACCCGAACCAAGGGUAACGAGCACUGCUUCGUCAUCCUCCGCGGUGGAACCAAGGGUACCAACUUUGACAAGGAGAGCGUACAGGCUGCCAAGAAGGUCCUCCAGGACAAGAAGCAAAAGGAGGCCAUCAUGAUUGACUGCUCCCACGGAAACUCUUCCAAGGACCACCGAAACCAGCCCAAGGUUGCCAAGGUUGUUGGUGAGCAGCUCCGUGAGGGUGAGAAGGCUAUUGUCGGUGUCAUGAUCGAGUCCAACAUUGGUGAGGGUAACCAAAAGGUCCCCGCUGAGGGUCCUGCUGGUCUCAAGCGUGGUGUCAGCAUCACUGAUGCUUGCAUUGGCUGGGAGGACACCGUCACCGUCCUCGAAGACUUGGCUGAUGCUGUCCGCACUCGUCGCGAGAUCAACAGCUCCUAG